AUGGGUUUCCUCAACGCUCUUAGCCCCCGAGCCAUUGUGGCCUCGGUUUUGGUACUGAGCUCCCUCGCCUACGAUGUUGCCGCUCGACCCAGCCCCGAACCCAAAGCCGACUGGGUACGAAAAGGCCCUGCUCGCAAGAAGAUGUCAAAUCACAUCAAACGUGCCAUUGAGAGCCAGAGCCACACUCGACGAACCGAACAAGUCCCUUGCGCCGAUGUCCUCGCAAAGCCCAUCACUGCUCCCAAGCCCAACAUCUGGGGACAGCUAACAGGCGAAGAGAUUUCAUCAGUGGUAGACUGGCUCUUUGCGCAGCAACAGUUCAACCUGACUGUCACCGAGGAGGCUGGGCCAUGGGAUAACACGAUACAGCUUGUUGAGGCCAUGUGGCCAAACAAGACCGAUGCCCUUGCCUUCAUUGACGGCGAUGCGCCGGCUCCUACCAAGUACGCCCACGUCCUGUUGAACAACCGCGCGACGGAGAACCCCUUCUAUGCCGACAUCCUCGUCGGUCCUCUCCCUCUAGACAACACAACCGUAUCGUGGGAGCCCCUUACUUUUCCCUACAACAAGCCCAGCGGUGACGGAAAGGUCCGUAACCUCGAUGCGGACGAAGACAUUGUAUACGAAGAAUGGAUCUGGAAGAUUAGCGCCUCUAUUGCCGAUAUCACUCUCGAUCUAUGGAACGGCACGGCCUUGGGUCUGGAAAACGAUACCCUCGACAUCUGGGGCAUCGACCCCUUGUGGCAGGAUGAUGGCAGGGUCAUCCGUUGGGAUGGCUUUUGGGCUCUUUCUGGCGAUGUCUUUGAUGCCGAAACCCUGCUGCCCCUGGGUCUUUACUUUGUGUCCGACAUCACCGGCCGUGACCCUAGCAAGUGGUCGCUCGAAGGAUGGCUCUAUAACGGCACCUUUUAUGCCACCACCGAAGAGUUCCGUGAAGCGUACUGGAGCUCUUGCUUCAAGAAGAACGGCCCUAAUGUCCCUGGCGCCUGGUCAGCCACUGAUCAUAACGGAGAUGUUCCUCCUCUGGAUUACAACCACCCCCCAACGAUCGUUGCCCCGGCCGGCGCGAGAUACGGCGUCGACCACGAGCAAAAGUACGUUGAGUGGAUGGACUUCAGCUUCUACAUCGGCUUCACCAGAGAUACUGGCAUGGCCUUGUACGAUAUUCGCUACAAGGGUCAAAGGAUUCUGUACGAGCUUGGUUUGCAGGAGGCAUUGGCUCACUAUGCCGGUAACGACCCGUUGAACUCGGGCAUUGCCUAUCUUGACACCUUUUACGGCUUUGGCCCCUACGCCUUCGAGCUUGUCCAGGGCUACGACUGCCCCACGCACGCCACCUACCUGAACUCCUCCUUCUAUGUCUCGGAGACCACCCACACGCACAUCAACAGCAUCUGCAUGUUUGAGUUUAUCUCUGACUUCCCGAUCCAGCGCCACACCACCAAUCGUUACACAUCGGUCACCAAGAAUACUUACUUCGUUGUUCGUUUUGUCUCUACCGUUGGCAACUACGAUUACUCGUUCAGCUACUCGUUCUUCCUUGAUGGCACCAUCUCUGUCGAGGUCCGCGCCUCGGGUUACAUCCAGUCCGCCUACUUCGCCGGAAACGAAGAGUAUGGCUUCAGGAUCCAUGACAACCUUUCCGGCAGCAUGCACGACCACGUGCUCAACUUCAAGGCUGAUUUUGACAUCCUCGGCACAAACAAUUCCGUGGAGCUGGUGACUAUGGCGCCCACUACCGUUACAUACCCCUGGUCCAAGGGUAAGGCCAGGAAUACCAUGCACUUGGAGAGGUCGUUUGUCGAAAGCGAGGACGAAGGCCGGUUCAACUGGGCUCCUAACCAAGCCACACAAGUCAUCGUUGUCAAUGAGGACGUCAGGAACAAGCACGGCGAGUUCCGGGGUUACCGUGUUCUCCCAUCUACUGGGACUGUCCACUUGACCGUGCUCAACUCUACCAACCUCGCCAACGCUGGCCGCUGGGCUGAGUACGACAUCCAGAUUACCAAGUACAAAGAUACAGAGCCGAAGGCGGCGCACCCUUAUAACAGCCAGGACGUGCAUGACCCACCCAUUGACUUUUCCAAGUUCUUUGAUGGCGACAGCCUCCGGAAAGAGGAUCUCGUCCUGUGGCUCAACCUGGGUAUGCACCAUCUCCCCCACACGGGCGAUCUACCCAACACGGUCAUGACCACGGCGCACGCUGGUGUGCAUUUCAUGCCCAGCAACUACUUUGAGGGAGACGAGAGUCGCAAGACGGUCAACCAGGUCCGCAUCAAUUACUCGGAUGGCAAGACCAGCGAGGUCCAGACAUUUGGGCAAAAAACCAAGGCCGAGGAUUACAAUGGAACCUGCAAGCUGGUGUUCGAGCCGGUGAAGGCGGAUCUGUGGGGCUACACUGGUGAUAUUGUGGUGAGGAAGUUCCCCUAUGAUCCUAACAACCCAUGGUUCCAAACCGGCUCCAUCGUUUAG